GGGACCGGUUUACCGGCAGAAUCUGUUAACAGCCAUGAGCAACGCAACAAUUUUGUUCAACAUUUCCAAGAACGAGCUGUUUAAGCUUGCAGACAACUACAAAACGCUGCACAGGAAGUUGAAGGUGAACCAUCGUGUCGAAAGUAAUAAAAGUGAGAUCACGCCAGAUAUCCUGAAGACAGCCACCGUGUUUGUGCUGGCAGGACCUCAGGAGAAAUUCACCGAAACAGAGUUUCAGCACUUGAAGGACUAUAUUAACGAUGGAGGAAGAUUAUUACUUCUGCUCGGUGAAGGCGGUGAAGUUCAGUUCAACACCAAUGUAAACUUUCUACUCGAAGACUAUGGAAUGACUAUCAACAAUGAUGUCGUUGUGCGACCACAAUAUUACAAAUAUUUCCACCCCAAGGAAGCUCUCAUCAGUGGCGGUGUAAGUUGCGACUCGAUGAACAAUCUACUGCUGGACACGAGCAAAAGUAUCCUCACGUCGUUCGAUUUCAUGGACGAUAAGUACAAAGUCGAGUUUGUCUACCCGUUCGGAGCGACCAUGAACGUUAUAACCCCUGCGAAUGUGCUCCUCACGACCGGCCCAGUAGUGUAUCCUUUCAACCGACCGCUGGCUGGUUACUUUCAGAACGAAAACAACGGCAAGCUGAUCGCCAUCGGGUCGGGACACAUGUUUCAGGACAAGUACAUCACCAACGAGGUGAACACAGCGCUUUGGGACAGUUUGCUGGCGAUGAUUUUGCAGGAUGAGUUUAAAUUCAAAUCAUCUGACUUCAACGACCUGGAGAUAAAUGACUACGCCGUCAUACCCGAUACGAUCUAUCUGGCCGAGCAGCCGAAGAUUUGUUUAAUGGAUUCGCUCGAUUACGACAUUCCGGCCGACUUCAAGAAGCUAUUUGAUAUGUCGCUGUACUCGAUCAACAACGAUCUGCUGCGCGAUGUUAUCGGCACGUACGAAAAGCUGGAUGUGCAAUAUGAACCGCUCAAGAUCAUCAAACCGCAGUUCGAGAUUCCUCUACCGCCGUUACAGCUUGCGGUGUUCCAGCCAAUAUUCAGUGACCUAGCCGCUCCACCUCUUGAGCUGUUUGAUCUGGACGAAGCAUUCAGCUCGGAAAAGGUACAAAUUGCUCAGCUGACCAACAAAUGUCUCUCGCCGGCACACGAAGGACAGCACAAGAUCGACGAAAAGGAGUUGGGCUACUUCAUACAAGAGUGUGGCCGUAUUCUGAAGGUUUGCCAGGACGAUCAAAAGAUGUCGCCAAAGGAGAUACUUAAUGCAAUUAGCGUCAAGAUUGCUAACUACAAGAAGUUGGACAAGGACUAG